AUGCGCUUCACUUUCGUGCUUCUAGCCGUUGUAGCCUCUCUGCUUUCAAGUACCGGGUGUGCUAAGAGCCUGCGUCAAGAUUCCCCCGACAAGAUCGAGGAAUCGGCGAAAAAUGAAGAAAGAUGGUUCAAGUUGGGAGGCAAGGUUACCGCCGAAGCGGCACCGAUCAAGUCAUCGAAGUGGAAUGAUGCUUUCGCCAAGGUGCUUAAAUUCAUUCUUCCGCAUCCAGAAGGCAGAUUGGUGUACAAGGGAAACGGCCAGUGGAGAUUCAAACCUAAUUAA